AACUCAAGCAAGUUUCAAAAUGAGGUCUCCAUGCUGUUGCUAUGAGUUACGGAGAAGAAAAUGGAGAAAGAUGCGACAUCUAAGAAUACUAAAAGAUUCAUUUGUCACGAUCGAAAAACGUUAAUCAAUUAUAAUGGUAAGUUAAAUUUAUAUAUAAACUAAUAAUUAUCACCGAAUAGUUCUAAGAAGAACAUCGUAAUUUAAAGAAAUAUAAUUUUAAUUGAUCAGUUAUUUUUUUGUAUUACGAAUUAUAAGUUUUUGAUAAAAACAAUUUCAAUGUUCUCAGUAACAUUAUUUAUAUAAAAACAUUUUUGAGCACAUUCAUUCAUGUUUUAGCGACUACUUACUGUAAUAGUAUUCUUAAAAUAAUGAUAUAUAAUUAUAUAGAUAUUUAUAUAUGUUCAACAUGUCACAUCCGAAUACGUGAAUAAGAGAAUUAAAACAUAAAGUAUUACUAUCAUUUUUGCCUAGUUUCUAUAAAUAAUAAACUAGAGGUAAUGUUUCAUUUUAUUCAAACUCGCCCUGUAUAGAAUAUUAUUGAUUUAAGGAGACAAUAGUUUUUUUUAUUAUAAAUAUGUAAAUACAUUAUAGUUCAAUAUUAUUUUACAUAAAACUAGUUGAUAGUAUUACGAUAAUAUAGAAAAUGAUUUUACAAUUAAUAAUUUAAAUUACCUUUCAUUAUAAGGUUCAUUAAUAGAAAAGAGUAGCUCAUUAAUUAAUCCACAAUAAUAUUGAAUUCGAAAUUUCUUUUCUCAAGUAUCUAUAAUUUAGUUGUCUGUAUAAUAAACAAAACAAUACUAAUCCUUUUAAGGAUUAAAUCAAAAAAUUUCAAUAGAUAAUAUCCGGUUUAUUUGAUUUAUUUCAUAAAUCAAUCAUUAUAUAAUUGUUUGACAUUUUCAUCAAUUUUUUUAGAAGAAAUUUUCUAAAUAGUUAAAAUAUUAUUGUUUUUCUUAACUUUUAUGCUAAACAAACUCAAACUUACAGUGCAAUCUAUCGGAAAUAUUAGUAUUCUUUACGCUCUUUUCACCUAUUCUGUCUAUGAUUCUAUUUUAAUUCGGAUAUUGUGGCUUAAAUAGUUGUUUUUCUAUAAUCAAAACAUUUUCAAGAGUGAAUAGUCAAUUAUGAUGAAGUGUUCAGUCUUGUCUUGUAUUCUAAAUUAGUUCUAACAUGAAUGAUUUUAAAUAAAUAAACCAUUUUAUUAACUUAUAAAGAGUAGAGUAAAUAUAAGAUCAAGCAAGUUCAUGACACGUUUUCUUUGCUAGAUUAUAACUAGAUUUUUCAAAAAAAUCUAGUUCAAUACAUCACAUUUUCCUCAUUAAUUUAAUUAUAAUAUAAAACGUGUCGUCGACUUCCUUUUUAUUCUCAUAACGGAACUAUACGAAGACAAAAUGUCAGUGUAUAUAUCUUCUAUAUCAACUUGAAUUAAUCAAAACUUAAAAUUUCAAUGUUGACAUAUUAUUAUUUUGUUUAUAAUUUCUUAUCUAGAUAAUAUUAGAUCCUUAUAAUAAGAUAAGAAAAUUAAUUUUUCAAUCAAUUUCUUCCAUAAUUAAAAACAAAUUUUACAUGAAUUAACUACGUAAUAAGUAACUUUUUAAGCCGAUUAAAUGAAUGUUUUUAUUUUUAAUCCCUACACGAUAUUCUAUAUAAAAAUAAAAUCUUAAUUAUCUUUAUUUUUAGCCACCAAAAGAUACAAAACGAAAAGGUACAGUAGAUCGAUCAGCAUUAAUUGAACAAAUAAAUAUUCCUGAAUUAACUGAAACAUUAUUUAAAUCAUCUUGUCAUGGAGAUUUAACAAAUUUAACUGAAAUUUUAACAGCACCAACAAAAAAUACUGAAAAUAUUCGUUUUGAAGCUAUACAAUAUCAUCAUUUAUUACAAGUACGAAAUGAUCAAACACGAACAUGUCUUGAUCUUGCUUCUAUACUUAAUCAUCAUGAAAUUGUUAAAUUAUUAGCAGAAAGAAGUACAGUUAUGUUAACUGAUAUAAUUAAUUUAACUAAUGGAACAGGAUAUUCAUGUUUACAUCUUGCUUGUGCAUGGAAUCAAUUUGAUGCAAUUAAAAAUAUCGUAGCAGCUGGUGGUGAUGUUGAACAAGAAACAAUUCAUGGAGAAAAACCUAUUGACAUUGCUAGACGAUAUCAACAUAAUGAUUUAGUUGAAUAUCUUGAAUGGAUUGCUAUACGGAAUAAAUUUACACGUAUUAUCAACGAUGCAAAAGAUUUUAUCGUUGAUCCGUCAAAAAAUCUGGAUAAAUUAAAAAAAGAUGAUAAAAAAAAAAUUGAAAAAUAUACUAAAGAUGCAUUAAAAUGGUUCGAUGAAAAUCAAAAUAAUUCCAAUGCACGUGAAUUAUUUACGAAUAAAAUAAAAGAAGCUGAAGAAUUUCUUGCACCUUUCUAUACAAAUGUUGCAUGUGAGUUAGAUAAUUGA